GCGGCGGCUGCGUGCAUCCGUUGCGGGAAGUCUGGCAGCUCGGUGAACAGCCAGCUGAUGUUAGCGCAGAAGCGAAGCGCCGCGGAGGAUGGUGACGAUGACAUGCCGGAAAGUUUAACUUCUCUCCCCUCCACGAACCUUUCACGCAUCCCGUCGGCCACGUUGGUGGUCAUAUUGUUGGCGUGCUGGCGAGCGCAAGCGAGGACGUCAAUUAGCUGCCUGUGAUGCCCCCCCGAUGCCCGUCCACCGCCCCUGGCAAUUCUCGUUCAUUCGUGAUUGGGCUCACAGCACCCCCUCUGGCAAAGGCAAGACAUUACACCUACCACCACCAUUAAAGUUAGCCAACUUUUCUCUAUUUCGUAAUAAUUUUCCCAGUACUAGUGCCACGUGUCACACACAAAUAAAUGAUCAGUGUUUGAGCAUUUCUUUGAUAUUUAGAUAUUGAUAUUUAUAUUUUGUGCGCAUAUUCCUCAUGAGUAGAACAACUUUGGCAUACAAGUAGUUCAACGAUAUGUUACUAGUAGGAAAGAAGUGCACUAGUUCGCUGCAAGCUACUUGUUAGGUUACGAGUGACAUAUAACUUUACCAAUUAGCAGUACUAGUAGCGCCUAGAUGUCAGCUAGUGCACGAUUUUGCCUUACAUUAACAUUUAAUAAAAUUGUACAUUUAACAUGUUUGUAUCUUGUAAUAACUGUGCUUUUGGAUCGUUAUUUUAUUAAUGCAAUUUUAGAUGCUCAUCAAUGUAUUUUUAAUUCAAUUUUUUUUUAAAGACUCUGUGUUGCUUUUUAUAUGAUUUCCAAAUUAUUUGGAAUGAUUUUCUAUGAUUGUUUUGUUUCUAAUGUGCAUCAUUUGCGGUGGCGAGCGGAGGGACAUUGCGCAGUGACGAGGAUGCUUCGUGCCAUCUGCCACUGGAAGUCUACCUUGAGAGAAUGAAGCUAAUAUUAGCAUGCAUGCCCUCAGGAGGGCGGGGCCAUCUGGUGGCUUCUUCAACUUGGUGGUAGGGGGCCAAAGGAGAGGUUGGGCUGGUUGACCACAACUUUGCGCAGAUACAGUAGAGUAUAAUGAUUUGCAAAUCAUGUUUAACCGAUAUGUAAUUUAAUACAUUAGACAAUACAAAGACAAGAUAUUUAGCUGAUGAUUUUUUAUUGCUUUUUGCAUAUAAUCAUGAACUUAGAACAUACAUUCUGUAUGUGUGUGUGUCGGUGUGUGUUUUAUUGUGAAUGUAUUUAAAUAGUUUUCUUACUACAUGACUAUUCAUGUGUGUUAUUUAACCAUAAAAAAAUUGGAUUGGAUUGGAUAAACUUUAUUGUCAAAUGUACUGUAUGUAAAACAUACAGCACAGAUGAAAUUUAUUCCCUCUCAACACAAAAUAAAAUAUUCGUAUAGAUUAAUUUUCAGUCUUUUUGAUUUUUUUUUUUUUUAGUUCACACACACGAACAUUCUCUAUUCGAAGUUAUUAAAUCUGACUCGAGUGUUAUGACAUCACGACUGACGUAUGCGUGAGCGCCACAAGUUAGCCGCCAAAUCAAUCCACCAAUCAACGUGGCCUGUUGAGCUGGGCUUUCCGGAAAGAGCCGAGCUCUUCCGAAGUUUUCCGAACGACAAGCGAGCAUCAGCGCGUAGCUCAACGGCUUUCUUUCUUCUUCUCCUUUUGCCUUUCCUCCUCUUCUUUUUCCUUUUCUUGUUGUCCUUGUUGACGGACGAGCACCGAGGCUGACCAAGCGGAACCACUGGACGGCACCGGAAGAGGAGACCCGUGCACAAGAAGCAGACCACCUCGCACGUCCACCAACUCGAGAACAUGGUGUCUCUCAACGACUUUGUGACUUAUUAACCAAUCAGCAGCCGGAGAGAAGACGUUGGGCAUGGGCCGCAUUUGUCGGCCCGACGGUGGCGCCGUCCCCCUCCUGGCGCUCUCGGUGGCAUUGGCCUGGCUGGUGCUGCCGUGUCGCACUGACAGCGUGCCGAGCUUCAUGAAAUCGCCCGACGACCAGACGGGCAUCUCGGGGGGCGUGGCCUCUUUCGUGUGCCAGGCGCUGGGCGAGCCCAAGCCGCGCAUCACCUGGAUGAAGAAAGGCAAGAAAGUCAGCUCUCAGCGAUUUGAGGUGAUCGAGUUCGAUGACGGGUCGGGUUCGGUUUUGCGCAUCCAGCCGCUGAGGGCGCACCGCGACGAGGCCGUCUACGAGUGCACCGCCGCUAACAGCCUGGGGGAGAUUAACGCCAGCGCCAAACUCACCGUUCUGGAAGAGGAGCAGAUCCCUCAUGGCUUCCCGAGCAUUGACAUGGGUCCUCAGCUGAAGGUGGUAGAGAGGACGCGCACGGCCACCAUGUUGUGUGCCGCCAGUGGAAACCCAGACCCCGAGAUCUUCUGGCUCAAGGACUUCCUGCCCGUGGACAUCGAAAGCAGCAGCGGACGGAUCAAGCAGCUGCGCUCGGGUGGUACACCGAUCAGAGGUGCUCUUCAGAUCGAGAACAGCGAGGAGUCAGACCAGGGCAAAUACGAAUGCGUGGCCGUCAACUCAGCGGGAACCAGAUACUCGGCUCCGGCGAACCUCUACGUACGAGACCAGCGAGAAGUUCGUCGCGUGCCACCUCGUUUCUCCAUCCCGCCAUCCCACCACGAGGUGAUGCCGGGGGGCAGCGUGAACCUGACGUGCGUGGCGGUGGGGGCGCCCAUGCCUUACGUCAAGUGGAUGAGCGGCGAGGCCGAGCUGACCCGCGAGGAGGAGAUGCCCAUCGGACGCAACGUGCUGGAACUGGCCAACAUCCGCCAGUCGGCAAACUACACCUGUGUGGCCAUCUCUUCGCUGGGUGUGAUCCAGACCACGGCGCAGAUCACAGUCAAAGCCCUGCCUAAGCCCCCCACCUCCCUCGUGGUGACAGAGACCACCGCCACCAGCGUCACCCUAACGUGGGACUCGGGCACCUCGGAGCCCGUGUCCUACUACGUGAUCCAAUACCGGGCCAAGGCAUCGGACAACGGCUUCCAGGAGGUGGACGGCGUGGCCACCACCCGCUACAGCAUCGGGGGUCUCAGCCCCUUCUCCCAAUAUGACUUUCGGGUGAUGGCGGUCAACAACGUGGGCCGAGGUCCCCCGGGGCCCGUGGUGGACACACGCACCAGCGAGCAGGCGCCCUCCUCGCCUCCUCUCCGCGUCCAGGCCCGGAUGCUGAGUCCCACUACUGCGUUGGUCCAAUGGGAGCCCCCCGAGGAGGCCAACGGGCAGGUCUGCGGCUACCGGGUCUACUACAGCGCCGAUCCGCAGGAGCCGUUCGGCGCCUGGGACAAACACAACACGGAUGACAGCCGGCUGACCACCGUGGCAGGACUGGUCCCGGACCUCACCUAUGGAUUCAGGGUGCUCGCCUUCACCUCGGUUGGGGACGGACCCCCGUCUGAUGUCUUGCUCAUCAAGAUGCAGCAAGGAGUUCCCGCUCAGCCGACGGAUUUGGAGGCCGAAGCCGAGCUGGACUCUCGCAUCAUGCUGUCGUGGCUCUGGCCCGUCCAGGACCCGAUCGUCGGGUAUGAGCUGCGCUACUGGGAGGCCAGCGACCCCCAGGAGACGCACAGCGUGACCUUUGACCCCGCCGGAUCGUACGCCGUGGACGGUUUGAAAGCGGACACCGUCUACGUCUUCACCCUGGCCGCCAGGUCCGAGACGGGCUUAGGAGUCUUCACAAGACCCAUCGAGUGCAGGACCGCCCGAACCACCCCCUCGGCGCCCCCCCAGGACGUCCGCUUGCUCAGCUUGAGCUCCACCAGCAUCCAAGUGAGUUGGGAGGCGCCGCCGGCUGCCACCGGGACCUACGAUGAUGCCACCGCCGUCACCGGCUACUCCCUCACAUACCACGCGCUAGCCAGGGAGGAUGCGCAGCGCCACCAGGUGUUGGCCAUCGGCGCAGACGUGCGCAGCUUUGUCCUGGAGGGUCUGGAAAAGUGGACAGAAUAUACCGUGUGGGUGCGAGCACUCACCGAUGUCGGGCCUGGACCGGCGAGUCCGCCGGUCAGUGUCAGGACGCAGGAGGAUGUGCCCGGAGCGCCGCCCAGAAAGGUGGAGGCGGACGCCGUCAACGCCACGGCGGUCCGCGUGAGCUGGAAGCCGCCGCUGUCCAUCAGGCAGAAUGGCCACGUGCGAGGCUACCAGAUCGUCUACUCCAGGAUGGAACGAGGCGACCCUCAUGGCCAGCCCCUCAUCAUGGACGUCGCCCACCCCGACGCUCAGGAAGCCAUCUUGACAGGCCUGCUGCCGGAGACCAGCUACUCACUGACGGUGGCGGCCUACACCACCAAAGGAGACGGCGCCCACAGCAAGGCCCGGAUGGUCACCACCACGGGGGCAGUACCGGGCAAGCCCACCAUGAUGAUCAGCACGACCAUCGGCAACACGGCGCUGAUCCAAUGGCAGCCGCCCAAGGAGAUGGCGGGCGAGCACGUGGGCUACCGUCUGCAGUACAAGCGGGCCGAAGAGGACGCCUUCGCCGUCAGAGACUUCCACAAAACCGACGACCACUUCACCGUCACCGGCCUCCACAAGGGGGCCACGUACAUCUUCAAACUGUGCGCCAAGAACCGAGCGGGCAACGGCGAAGAGUACGUGAAGGAAAUCAGCACUCCCGAGGACCUUCCCGCCAGCUACCCUCUCAACUUGAGCGUGGUGGGCCUGAGCGCCACGGGCACCCAACUGGCCUGGGAGCCGCCCGCGCUAGCUGAGCGUAACGGGAAGAUCGUCAAGUACGUGGUGGUGUACCGCGACAUCAACAGCCACAACGAGAGCUCCGAAGCCACCGCGGAAACGCGCAUGAGCCUGAACGGUCUACGGCCGGACACCACCUACGACAUCCGGGUGCAGGCCUUCACCGCAAAGGGCGGCGGACCGCUCAGCCCCAGCAUACAGAGCAGGACUAUGUCUACCGCCAUGCCCGUGUUCACCAAGAACUUUGGCGUGAAGGCAGUGACGAAAACGUCCGUGCUGCUGACCUGGGAUGUUCCUGAGAUCUUUGAGUCCGAGGUGCCUCUCAAGAUCCUCUACAACCAGCAGAGCGUGGAGGUACGCGGCCAACACAAGAGGAAGCUCAUUACGCAGCUCACGCCCGACACCGAAUACUCCUUUGUGCUCAUGAGCCGCGGGAACAGCGCCGGUGGCCUCCAACAGCAGGUCUCCAUCCGGACCGCUCCCGAUCUACUCCUGGACAAACCUUCAGAGUAUCCUCAGGAUGUGGAGGAGGGCGGGAAAGUCAUGCUGCGGCUGCCCGGUGUCCCGCAGGGAUCCCCCUUCAGGUGGUUCUACGUCGUGGUGGUUCCGGUCACCCCGGCAUCCCUGAAGUGGGAGAACCCUGACGAUAUGGAUCUCCAAGCGCUCCUGCAAGGUGAAUAUGACGCCCGAAGGAAGAGGAGGCAACCCGAGAGCAACUUCCUGCAGCCGUACGUGGCGGCCAGGCUGGACUCGCUUCCCGAGGUUUUCACGCUGGGUGACGGCCACGACUACCACGGCUUCCGCAACAAGGAGUUGCCGGGGCAACAGCAGUACCGAUGCUUCGUGCUGGCCGAGCUGACGGAACGCGAGUCUCAGAGAACGCUGGUGGCCAGUCCAUUUUCGGAAGCCAUCCUGGUGAAGCUCCACAGCGGGAUGGUCCGCCACUCGGAGGACCCCGAGAUGCUUUGGGUGAUGGGACCCGUGCUGGCCGUCAUCCUCAUCGUCAUCAUCGUCAUCGCCAUUCUUCUCUUCAAGAGCAAACAAGAAAGGAAGCGAACGUCUCCGUCGUCCAAAGACGAGCACAUGGCAGGCGUGAAGGACUCGCUGCUGGCCCACUCGUCCGACCCCGUGGAGAUGAGGAGGCUCAACUGUCAGACGCAAGGUGGCAGCACCCUCAGUUGUCCAACCACACCAAGAAUGAGACAACAUCCUCCCAUUGCCGCUUGCGACCUGGCCGACCACAUCGAUCGACUCAAGGCCAACGACGGCCUGCGUUUCUCGCAGGAGUACGAGUCCAUUGACCCCGGUCAGCAGUUCACAUGGGAACAUUCCAACAUGGAAAUCAACAAGCCAAAGAAUCGCUACGCCAACGUCAUCGCCUAUGACCACACCCGAGUCCUCCUCACACCCGUGGACGGAGUUCCCGGCAGCGACUACAUCAACGCUAAUUACGUGGAUGGCUACAGGAAGCAGAACGCCUACAUCGCCACGCAGGGACCGCUGCCCGAAACCCUCGGAGACUUCUGGAGGCUCGUGUGGGAGCAGCGCACCUCGACUGUUGUCAUGAUGACGCGCCUGGAGGAGAAGUCGCGGGUGAAGUGCGACCAGUACUGGCCCAGUCGUGGUACUGAAACCUACGGCAUGAUCCAGGUGACCAUGUUGGACAGUGUGGAGUUGGCCACCUACAACAUACGCACCUUCGCACUCUAUAAGAAUGGUUCCAGCGAGAGGAGGGAAGUGCGCCAGUUCCAGUUCAUGGCCUGGCCCGAUCACGGAGUCCCUGAGUAUCCCACCCCCACUCUAGCCUUCCUGCGCAGGGUUAAAGCCUGCAACCCCCCGGACGCCGGACCCAUGGUGGUCCACUGCAGCGCGGGGGUCGGACGCACGGGCUGCUUCAUGGUGAUCGACGCCAUGCUGGAGCGCAUGAAGCACGAGCAUUCGGUGGACGUGUACGGACACGUCACCUGCAUGAGGGCCCAGAGGAACUACAUGGUCCAGACCGAGGACCAGUACGUCUUCAUCCACGAGGCCCUGCUGGAGGCCGCCGUGUGCGGAAACACCGAGGUGGCCGCUCGCAACCUCUAUGCUCACAUACACAAGCUCAGCCACGUGCCUCCUGGGGAGACCGUCACCGCCAUGGAGCUGGAGUUUAAGAAGUUGGCCAACUCCAAAGCACAUACCUCACGUUUCAUCAGCGCCAACCUGCCGUGCAACAAGUUCAAGAACCGCCUGGUGAACAUCAUGCCUUUCGAGUCCAGCCGCGUUUGUCUGCAGCCCAUCAGAGGCAUGGAGGGCUCCGACUACAUCAACGCCAGCUUCAUCGACGGAUACAGACUGCAGAGAGCCUACAUCGCCACCCAGGGCCCCUUGGCCGAGACCACCGAGGACUUCUGGAGGAUGCUGUGGGAGCACAACUCCACCAUCGUCGUCAUGCUCACCAAACUGCGCGAGAUGGGACGGGAAAAGUGCCAUCAGUACUGGCCCGCUGAGCGUUCAGCACGCUACCAGUACUUUGUAGUGGACCCCAUGGCCGAGUACAACAUGCCGCAAUACAUCCUAAGGGAGUUCAAAGUGACCGACGCCCGGGACGGCCAGUCGAGGACCAUCCGGCAGUUUCAGUUUAGCGACUGGCCCGAGCAGGGAGUUCCCAAAAACGGAGAAGGCUUCAUCGACUUCAUCGGACAAGUCCACAAAACUAAGGAGCAGUUUGGCCAAGACGGACCCAUCGCUGUGCACUGCAGUGCCGGUGUGGGGCGCAGCGGCGUGUUCAUCACGCUGAGCAUCGUCCUGGAGAGGAUGAGGUACGAGGGCGUCGUCGACGUCUUCCACACGGUCAAGACCUUGAGGACUCAGCGGCCCGCCAUGGUGCAGACAGAGGACCAGUACCAGCUGUGCUACCGGGCCGCUCUGGAGUACCUCGGAAGCUUUGACCACUAUGCAACAUAACGAGCACUCUUCUGCCAGCCAUGCCGACUACGCUGCGACCGCAAGCGGUUGCCCUCGAUUCUGGGCAGGAGGGACCGACUCCCAAAAUCCUGGCGAACCCUCCCGGGUCUUCGUACACCCGUCGCCCCUUCGUUGAGCUUGUACAAAUAAUUUUUGAUCACGUUUUAAUCUUUUCACUUUCUAUAAGCACUGCAGAGGACAUGUCUUUUUCAACAUGCGUAUAUUAUGAUCAUGACUAUUAUUAUUAUGAAACUCACCUGCUGCUACUUUGGUUUUUUUUUCUACCAUAGACAUGAUGAUACUCUAAUGUUACUUUUAUUGUUUUUUUUUUUUUUUUUUUGGUGUGGGGUGUCAUCACACCCUGAUAAUGGAGCACCACCGACGAAUGGAUCAAACGUUUUGGCUGGGAAAUGCUCAACGGGAUGUUGAGCCACAGCAAGUUUGGUUGCACUUCCUCUUAUUCGUACGUGAGACGUGGCCUAAUCGACAAGAAACAAGCCCUGAGAUUUCAGGAUUUUAGAAAGCUCCAAUAAUAAAACCGAGGAUACUAAAUGAUGGGUCACUUCAAAGUUGGGAAAAUAUAAUUUUUGAGGCUAAGUGACUUUCCGUGGGGGCGGGAGGGCAAUGACAGGCCUCGGUCAUCUAUGGAUGAGGCAGGAUGCAUUAAGUUCAAUAAAUCUCUAUAUAUUUUAUGUUGUUUCGCAUAUGUGAUCUCUCUAUUUUUAAAUAAAAAAUUAUACAAAUGAAAGGCCAUGAAAA